UCAUACAGUAGCUACCAAGUACUAUGGAGGUGAGGAAAGGUUCAUGGACCAAAGAGGAAGAUCAUCUUCUCAGGAACUACAUUGAGAAAUAUGGUGAGGGAAGAUGGCACAAGGUCCCUCUGCUUGCGGGCUUAAACAGAUGCAGAAAGAGCUGCAGAAUGAGAUGGUUGAACUAUUUGAAGCCAACCAUUAAGAGAGGAGACUUUGCAGAUGAUGAAGUCGAUCUGAUGAUCAGGCUUCGGAAGCUUUUGGGAAACAGGUGGUCUUUGAUUGCUGGACGGCUUCCGGGAAGAACAUCAAACGAUGUAAAAAACUUUUGGAGUGCUCGGCGAAGGAGAAACAUAGAUUGUGGCAUCAUAAAAAACAGUAAGCCUCCAGAAAGAGCAAAGACCACAGUAAUAAGACCUCGACCACGAACCUUCACAAAAAGUUUACAUCAGAACUUGAACGCUAAGGCUACAUCUUCAAAAUCUAUUGAACUAGGAAAUAGUUCAUGGUCAACAUCACCACCUGUAGAGAAUGGAAUCGAUGACUGGAAAAUUCUACUAGAUGAAGAUCUCCUGAGAAACUUUUGGGUCGAGGAUCCGGCCUCAAUGUCAAGUACUGAUGUGAAUUCUACUGAACAAGGUUUUGAAAUGGACCUGUGGCAAUUUUUACAAGAAGAAACGAUGCAAUAA